CUUAUUUUGUAGUAAUUAAUAUUUAUAUUAUAUUGUUUUUAAAAAUGACAAAGAUUUCUGAACAUUCUCAUGUUUUAAACUUUGGAAAUAAGAUUAUUUUAGCUCCUAUGGUAAGAGUGGGAACUCUGCCUAUGCGGUUAUUAGCUCUAAAAUAUGGUGCUGAUAUUGUUUAUACAGAAGAACUGAUUGAUUGGAAGUUUUUGAAGUCAAUUCGAAGACAAAAUGAUGUAUUAGGAACAAUUGACUACCUUGAUCCAAGUGAUGGGACUAUUGUAUUCCGUACUUGCCCUGAAGAGAAGGAUAGAGUUGUGGUUCAACUGGGAACGAGUGAUGCAGAGAGAGCUUUAAAAGUAGCCAAGAUGAUAGAAAAUGAUGUAGCAGGCAUAGAUAUCAACAUGGGCUGUCCGAAAGAGUUUUCUCUCAAAGGUGGAAUGGGUGCUGCACUAAUGGCGCAACCAGAAAAAGCCAAACAUAUUCUCACAACACUUGUUCAAAAUGUAAGCAUUCCAAUAAGUUGUAAAAUAAGAGUUUUUGAGAACAUUGACGAUACUUUAAAGUUGGUAAAAGAUUUAGCUGGGACUGGAAUAUCUGCCAUAGCAGUUCAUGGAAGAACAAAAAUUGAAAGACCUCAGCAUCCUAACCGAAAUAAGACAAUAAGUAAAAUUGCAGAGGUUUUGGAUAUACCUGUGAUAGCAAAUGGGGGUUCUAGGGAAAUAGAAAACUACAAUGAUAUACUCAAAUUUAGAGAGGAAUGUGGUACUAGCAGUGUUAUGGUGGCAAGGACGGCACAGUACAACUGUUCCAUAUUUAGAAAAGAUGGUAUGAUAGCAAUGGAUGAGGUAAUAGUUGAGUAUUUAAAGAAUUGCAUUGAUUAUGACAAUUCUCCCAGUAAUACAAAAUAUUGUGUCCAAAAUAUGUUAAGGGAGUUACAGGAGACACCAAGAGGGAAGAAAUUUUUGGAGUGUCAAACAUUAGAACAAAUUUGUAAUAUUUGGAACUUAGGUGACUAUUGCAGACAAAAAUAUCUAGAUUACCAAUCUCAAGGAAUUUUUGGACGCAGAGAAAUUGCCCCAGAUACCUUGGAUCCACAACGAAAGAAACGAAAAACAGAAUUAGAUGAUGAAAAUGUAGAUGUUUGUUUAAAUUGUGCGUUUAUUAGAGUGAAUUAUACAGAAGAUCCUCAGUUGCCUAAAUCUAAAUUGAUAGCAUAUUGUGGGAAAAAUAAAUUCUCCAAUCCUAAGUACAAGGUGUACAAUGAGGACAAGUUAUUUAGAGCUGUAGUAUCUUUAAAUGAAAAGAAGUAUAGUUCAACAUAUUGGGAGAAAAAUAAAAAGUUUGCAGAACAAGGAGCUGCACUUGUAGCAUGUGUAGCCUUAGAAUUAAUCGAUAAAAAUCAGCUAAUAAAAGAUGGAAGUAUUUUAGAAUAAAUAAAUUGUGUUUUAUUUAUUUAAGUUUUAUAAUUGAACAGACAAACAAAAGACCAAAAUAGUGUCAAUCAGGAAUAAAACUCACCUUUAAAAUAAAUAUAACAAUUUUUAUUUACAUUUUAAAUACAUUUACAAAAACCUUAAAAUUAAUUUAAUACUUUUUUUGUUUGUUACUUUGCAUAACUUUUUCAUACAAAGUCCACGAAAUCGCCGCCACCAAUGUGCGCCUCAUCAGUCUAGGAACAAUACCUUGAAAAUACCCUAAGAAGCCAUGUUUAACAUAAACAUGAAUCAUCACAGACCGUAAACUGUUGAAUUUUUCUGGAUGCAGCUGCAACUGUGUCUUAAAAACAUCAGGUGGCUGGGUAACUAGUGAUGCCAAUGUGCUGGAUAUCACAGCGCAAGCAAAAUUAACAGGUGAUGUGUAUGUGGAAUAAAUAUCU